AUGAGUCGGGAAUGGAAGUCGGAACGAUUUUUCUGCAGCAGCUGGCAGCCCGAGGAAAUCGGCCUCGGACAGGCAGUAGAAAACUGGAUUUUAAUUUCCGCCCCCUCCCCCAAAGGUGCCAAAGUCGCGCACACAGCGAGUGGCAGAACAGCAGCGCCGCUGAAGGUUGAUUUUAUACUGCUGGGUGGUGACCUCUUUCAUGACAACAAACCUUCCCGGAAGACAUUACAUACAUGUAUAGAGUUGCUAAGGAAAUACUGCAUGGGUGACACUCCGAUACAGUUUGAAAUAUUAAGUGACCAGUCAGUCAAUUUUGGUUUUAGUAAGUUUCCUUGGGUAAACUAUCAAGAUGGAAAUUUAAACAUCUCCAUUCCUGUUUUCAGUGUUCAUGGUAACCAUGAUGAUCCUACAGGGGCUGAUGCACUGUGUGCCUUGGAUAUCUUGAGCUGUGCUGGAUUAAUAAACCAUUUUGGUCGAACAAUGUCAGUUGAGAAGAUUGACAUUAGCCCUGUACUGAUUCAGAAAGGAGAUACCAGGUUGGCCCUCUAUGGGUUAGGAUCCAUUCCGGAUGAACGUCUCUAUCGAAUGUUUGUAAAUAAACAAGUAACAAUGCUGAGGCCAAAGGAAGAGGAAGACAGCUGGUUUAACAUGUUUGUCAUUCAUCAAAAUAGGAGCAAGCACGGAGCCACCAAUUACAUUCCAGAACAAUUUCUGGAUGAUUUUCUUGAUCUUGUCAUUUGGGGACAUGAACAUGAGUGUAAAAUAGCACCCGCAAGAAAUGAACAGCAGCUGUUCUAUGUUUCACAGCCUGGAAGCUCUGUUGUCACGUCACUUUCUCCUGGAGAAGCUGUAAAAAAACACAUUGGACUGUUGCGAAUCAAAGGAAAGAAAAUGAAUAUGCAGAAAAUUCCUUUGAAAACAAUUCGCCAGUUCUUUAUUGAAGAUAUUGUUCUUGGAGAUCACCCUGAUAUAUUUAACCAAGAUCACCCCAAAGUCACACAGAAAAUAGAGGCCUUCUGUGUUGAGAAGGUGGAAGGUCUAUUGGAUGUUGCCGAAAGAGAACGUAUUGGAAAUCCACAUCAGCCUGAAAAGCCUCUCAUAAGACUGAGGGUAGAUUACAGUGGUGGAUUUGAACCCUUCAAUACUCUUCGAUUUAGCCAGAGAUUUGUUGAGCGAGUGGCUAACCCCAAGGAUAUCAUUCACUUUUUCCGGCACAGGGAACAUAAAGAGAAAAAUGAUACAAAAAUUAACUUUGAAAAAUUUGCAAAUAAAUCUUCAGAAGGGAUGACAUUGAGGGUGGAGGAUCUGGUCAAACAGUACUUUGAGACGGCAGAGAAAAGUAUCCAGUUGUCACUGCUGACUGAAAGGGGGAUGGGAGAAGCUGUCCAAGAAUUUGUUGACAAGGAAGAAAAAGAUGCUAUUGACGAACUAGUAAAAUUUCAAUUGGAGAAGACACAGCGUUAUUUGAAAGACCGGAGAAUUGAUGCCAUUGAGGACAAGAUUGACGAAGAGGUACGGCAAUUUCGUGAUAGUCGAAGAAAAAACAUGGCAGAAGAAGAUGAAGAGGUUAAAGAAGCAAUUACCCGAGCUAGGGCACAUAGAGCUGAAGGGAAAGGAGGCUCGUCAUUGGUUAGUGAUGAUGACAUGGAUUGUAUGGACAGUAUUGAUGAAAGAAAUGCAGACUCGGAUGAAAAUAUAUCACUCCCUACUAGAGGGCGAGGAAGAGGAAGGGGUAGUUCCCGAAGCCAGAGUUCUUCCACUGGAAGAGGAGGAUCGAGAAGAGGGGGCAGAAGCAGUGGAAAGGAAACUGACAAAGAGUCAAGGGGCGGCAGCAACAGGGCAUACAAGGCUCCUGUAGUUACACAAACAAAGAAUAAAACGAUCCAGGAAGCUUUUAAAGCAUCGAGCCAGCGACCAGCACCGACCAUUUCCACAGAGAUUAUAAUCAGUGAUGAUUCAGAUAUGGACGAUGUUUCUUUAUCCAGGUCUUCAAAACUAAAUCAGAGGGCUUCCAGUGCAUCAGCAUCUUUCAGUAACAGAGAUUCUAAAGGAGUGAGUUUUUAUGAUGAUGAAGAGGAUGAUGAUGAGGAUGAAUAUGAUCCGUUUAAAAGUUCGGCAAGCUCAAGAAAAGCCAGGAGAUGACAUGUCGAGCCACUGUAAUGUACUGGCUUUUACAUUCGAUUCUGGAUCAAUUUUCCUGUUCAGCAGUUGAUUCCAUUUAAAUGUCAUUGUAACAAUGUUUAACCAAUUGUGGGUUUUUUUAUGGAUGCUACACCAACACGCACCUAUCCUUGGUAUGUUGGUAGUAUUCCAUAGUAAAUGCUAUAGUGAUCUAUACACAGUACAAUGCGGCAUUGCUUGAGGAAUCCCAUCCAAUCUAAAUUACUUUUCUUUCCUCAAAAAGUUUUAUUGUUUGAAACCUUCAAUAUUAUGCUUCUAAAACAGUUUCUCCUGCCACCCUGCAAUUUUGUUUUAAUUAAUUGGAUAACUGUUUAUAAUUAAAAACAUUGUAAUUUUCCUGUGAAUCUGCAAUGAUUGUUAAUAUAAAUUAUUGAUGCAUUUAAAAUAAAAUUGCAGUGAGAUUUAUGUAUGUAAUGAAGGUCUGUUUCUCAGUGCCUUUUAUUAAAUGUACAUACAUAUUACUAGCCCCUUAGUAAAAAUACAUGUUAUCUUUAAUUUUGAUUUGAAACUGACUGAUAAGCUUGCAUCUUUUUUUAUACAAAAUUGUAUUUGCUCACCUUCUUUUAGGAAAAAACAAUUGCUUUAAGAAAAAUUAAUCCUUAAAAUGUGACCAGUGUUAACAAGCAAUCUUGAAAAUUGCCUUGUUGUUAAAUGCACUAUAAACUGUUGUGUAGAAGCCCGUUAAUGUUCCGAUUGUAUUUUUGAUCAAAAUAAAUUAUCUCUUUGUUAAGAUGUCUCAAA